AAAAAAAAAAAAAACUUAGCGAAGAGCCCAAUGGCGUCGACGAGCGAGAACGGUGGUGCAAAAGGGAGAGGGAGAUGUUGGGUCGGCAGUGCCGUUCGCGGCGGAGGGAGAUGAAGGGCCGAGCGAAUCGGAGACGAAGACGAAGGGCCAGCCAUUCAGCUUCGGCCCUUCAUCCAUGACUUUCCAGCCUUUUGUCUCCGAGUCUCCGCCUUCGUCUUCGUCUCUAACCCUUCGUCUUUGUCGUCGUCUCCGGCCCUUUGUCUUUGUCUCCAAUCGCCAGCGACGGCAUCACAAGUGUUGUAAUGGGUUCCGUAAGAGGGGCCGCCAGCGCCGAACGUAGGGGCGUGGGUUCUGUUCCCACUUCCCACUGCCACUGGAGGGAGGGAGGGAGGGAGGGAGAAAGAAGCCGACGGUACCAUUUCUUUGAAGAAGCAUGGGUUAUUCAUGUCGAGUCGGAGGAAGUUUCUCGGCCAUAGACUAGAAUGCGAGGUCUACGUCAUCGUUUCAGAAAAGUCUCCUUCAUUUGGACUACGCCAAUUCCUUCAACUUGACUACUAGGGUUCCCAACUUCAGCUUCCAUCUUAAAUAGACAGGUUUUAGCUCAUUUAUAUAUGGUUCAUCCCCCUUUUUUUUAAUCACCGGGCACCCUUGGUACAGUGAUCUUUAUUGAGUUCUGUCUCAUGCGAGGUACGGGUUCUGCUUUAUUCUUGUUUUGGUUUUAUAUACCCAAAUCGGGGUGAAUAUGUGAUACAGAUUCUUGAGUUUCGCUGUGCUUCAAAUUGAUCUCUCUUACUGCUCUCGUCUUCGGGAACGGUGAAAUUGGGAUACGCAUCAAACCACAGGUUUAGUUCUUGAAGUUGGAUUUCCGUCAAAUUUCUGUACCAGGAAGGUGUCCAUGGAUUUGCAUCACUGGUCAUUUUCUGGUUCCACGGACGGAUGUGAGUCAAAGCAGGAGUCUGUUUCAGCCUAUUCAGAUCCUAAUUCGAUUACAGGAUUUCAACUUGAAGAUGUGAACCGACAAUAUGAAUACUCGAAUGUUCUUUCCAUUUCAGAUGGUCCAGCCCCUGUAAUUCACUCCACGGAUUUGUCUGUGAGCUGUAGUGGAGAUUCUGCAGGAAAAUAUGAUUUCUGUGACUCUGUUCUCAAGUACAUAGACCAGGUAUUAAUGGAAGAUGACAUGGAAGACAAGGCCUCCAUGAUUGAGGACUCCACUCUUCAUGCUGCUGAGAAAUACUUCUAUGAUAUACUUAAUGAAAGAUAUCCUUCCUUGCCCAAUCCGGUGAUGCCUCGUGAGGAAACAACUAGCGCCCAAUGUAGUAGCAGUUAUGGUGGCAGCUCUUCUGAUGCUGACAACUUGGUUAAAUUUGGUGCAAAUAUAUCUCCUCUUAUGCACAAUCCUUCUGUCGACCAUUCAUUACCGAGUGACUCACCAUCAUUUUCCUUUGUAAGAUUCCCUUGUCAUAGUGAUAUUGAACCCGUGAAGUCUGUUGUGAAUUGGGGGGCGCUAGAGAACCCGAGGAACAUUAUACCUAGUGAAAAUGGCGUAACUUUUAACUUUGAGAGCAGAUUCGCAUCAGCUAUAGCAAAGGAAAAGGUUUGGCAAACGACAGCCAAGCUGGAAAAUGAUGAAGGGGACUGCCAGGGUAGUUUAUUGAGGGGAAGAAAAAGUCUUCACCAAGAGGAGAGUGCCUUAGACGAAGGGAGAAGUAACAAGCAGUCGGCAGUAGAUGUUGAGGAGUCUGUUUUAUACGAGAUGUUUGAUAAGGUAUUGUCCUUUGGUGAGUCUGCCUUACACACUUCUGAUGAUGACGUGCCAACCGAGGCAGGCAGAAAGGGGCAAGAAUAUGAGCAAGCAAAAAUAUAUAAUGAAGAAAGAGCCUACGACAAGAAAGGAAUUGCGAAAAAGGAAGCACUUGAUAUGAGGCGACUCCUGAUACAGUGCAUGCAAUCUAUGGCAGACAAUGAUCUGAUGACAGCAACUAAACUACUGAAGCAUAUAAGGUUGCUUUCAUCUCCACUGGGUGAUGCAUCCCAGAGGUUGGCUCAUUACUUUUCUAAUGCUCUCGAGGCACGCUUGACCAGUUCUAGGACCCCAGAAUAUAAACCCUUUCAUGUCCAGAGCUUAGUGGAAGCUGAUGUUUGGAAAGCUCAUAAAUUGUGCGUUACAGCAUUCCCUUUCGUGGGGAUUUCUUAUUUCGUUGCAACCCAAAUGAUCAUGGAACUGGCUGAGAAAGCUACUUGUGUUCACAUUAUUCAUUUUGGUAUUCUUCAUGGCCUCCAAUGGCCCCCACUUAUUCGGCGUUUAUCUGAAAGACCUGGUGGACCUCCCAAGCUUCGCAUAACGGCAAUAGACCUUCCCCAAAUCGGUUUCCGACCAGAUGCAAGGGUUAAGGAAACAGGACGGCGUUUAGCAACUUAUUGUGAGAAGUUGAAGGUUCCAUUUGAGUACAAUGGUUUCGGACAAAAAUGGGAAACUGUUAGUAUUGAGGAUCUCAGGAUUCAGAACGAGGAGGUGCUUGUUGUUAACAAUGUGCACCAGUUUGAAUUCUUACCUGAUGACACAGUUAUGGAGCGUAGUCCAAGGGAUACAGUUUUAAACUUAUUCAAGAGGAUUAACCCAGAUAUUUUCAUACAUGGAGUAGUUAAUGGCGCCUAUAAUUCCCCAUUUUUUGUAUCACGGUUCCGCGAGUCUCUCUUCUUCUUCUCUUCAUUGUUUGAUAUGUUGGACGCUAUUGUGCCGCGUGAUAAUCAGGAAAGAAUGGCCAUUGAGAGGUAUAUAUGGGGGGAGUCAAUUUUGAAUGUCGUAGCAUGUGAAGGAUUUGAUAGGGUUGUAAGGCCAGAGUCAUACAAACAGUGGGAGAUUCGGACACUCAGGGCUGGGUUCAAACAGCUGCCUUUAAAUCGGGAGAUCCUUAAGGAGGUAAGGGCUAAGAUCAAAUCAUCCUACCACAAGGACUUUUUUGUGGACGAGGCCAACCAGUGGAUGGUACAUGGGUGGAAGGGGCGAGCUUUCUUUGCCAUCUCCUCUUGGAAACCUGCAUAGCUAUGUGGUGUUAUGCAACUUCUAGUUAAGAAGAAAAACUAAAAUAUAGAUAUAUCAUUUGAUGUUUAUUGGAUACGUCGUCACUUGUUUCCUUUUCAGUAACCCAAGACCUACGACUUUUUUAGGUCCCUUCGUUGCAUUGGACUCCUUAUUCCUUACCCUA